GCUACGGGUUGUUUAUCGGCGUAGAACGCCUGCAUUCAAGAGUCUGUCCAACUGCUUGAUCGGGAGUCACGUAGUCUACGGUCCGCGUUUGCAAUACGAGGUGCAGGAAGGAGACGAGAGCGCCUGUCGUCUGCAGGAGUUUUCGUCACCCCGCACGCCUGUCUCUUCUCCACGCUCAUGCGCACUAGCGACUAAGGCACCCGGGAGGCGCCUGCCAUCGACGUUUUGAGUUGCUCCUUCUCUCUCUUAAAUCUAGGCUCUUUCUAUCGGCGACGGCGGUGGCGCUGGCGUCGCCUCCGAUCUCUCGGCAGUGGAAAAAAGGAAAAAGGCGCACCGGUGAAGAACGCCGGCCGGAGGCAGCCAACACCGGUGCGGGCGUGCAUCUGCCUGUUGCAUCGUCGCAUCGUCCCCACGUCACCCCAGCGGCGGUCGCCCACUGAAGAGUGACGUCAGGCGUCCGGUCUCCAGUCUCGUCUGCUAUGACCCGGCUACGCUAAUUCAAGGCCUUGUCUGGACUAUGCACUAUCGCCGCUAUGCGUCAAGCUACGAAACGGGUGACCUCCUCACCACACCGGGCAUACCAUGGCAGGCAAUCUGCCGAAGCAAAAUGUGCGUCAAGACGUGCUUCUUCGCCGUCGCCACGUUCCUCGUCGGCAUGCUAUUCCUGGUCAGCGUCCGACUGUCCCUCGAAGAACAGCACGUCACCGUCGACUACGACCUCCCGCCCUUCCUGGACGGCUGGAAGGUGCAGCUGCACUGCCGCAGCCCCCUCGAAGUCCUCUUCUUUGUGCACACGGCAUCCGAACACGCGGCCCACCGCCAGUUCCUCAGGGAAACGCUGGGACAUAGCAGCAUCAGCGAGCAACUCAAAUCUGCACUCAUCUUUUUCGUGGGACAAUCCAAGAAUCUCACAACGAGGGCUGCCGUUCACGCAGAGGCCAAGGCAUUGGGCGACAUGGUCGUCUUUCCGUUCCUGGACACCUACCGGAACCUAACGUACAAGUUUGUCUACGGCCUCAAGUGGGUCACGGACAACUGCAGAGAUAGCGUGCGGUUCGUCGUCAAGAUAGAUGACGACGCAUUGGUCAACGUCUUCCUCUUGGCCGACUACUUGCGGAACAUCACCGACACGGAGGCCGAGUCGAGCAUCCACUGCCUCGCCUGGAGAAGAACUGUCGCGGUGCGCAACCGCAAGUCCAAGUGGUAUGUCACAAGGCAAGAGUAUCCGUCCAGAAUGUACCCGACGUACUGCGGUGGUCUCGGGUUCAUCUUACACUCCAAGCUCCUACCACUCCUCUUCAAUGCUUCGAGGCAAGCGCCGUUCCUGUGGGUGGACGACGUCUACUCUACGGGUAUCCUGGCCAAGGCUGCUCAUGUGGGUCACAUCCAAAUUCGGAGGUACUACGAACUCUAUCCCAACGAGACCGCGGCCAAUGUGAGACCAGACGCCAUGUUCACGCAUCUAGGAGUGCCCGGAUUGGUGGAGCAGAGGUAUCGUCUGUGGGACAACAUCUUGCAGAUGAAUAACGCCAGUGUGUCCCGGACAGAAGCCAGUGGCGGUUAGUGCGUUGGAAAGGUCUAUAGGUUUACGGGCAACUGACUUCCGAGAGGGCACACGCUACUGAGUGGUGGCGACUACGUCACAGAGAAGGAAAAACUAGUCAGCAAUUCCAUGUCGGCGACUGGUCGUGAUAAGGCUGAGCUUCACUUUGCUAGUGAAGCAACCAUGACGAUCUGGGGCCUGCGAAUCCCCGUUCUGCUGUUGUACAAGCAUUGUUGAUUGCGCGGUUUUGGGCUUGGGCGAGUCCCCGAGCGACAGUAAGUGCAUUUGCCAAGCUAGAACUGUGAUGAGCACUUGACGCUCCAAUGUUCCCCGUUCGUGUGUCACAUUUGAAAAAGGUCCAGCUUAGUGCACAAACUCUGUGCCCCCAUUGUAAGUUUGUUGACACAGCAGAUACUGUUGCAAAAAACUUACACAUUCACCCAAGAGCAGCUCAGAAAGAAUGUCAUACGACCUGGAUAUAAGAUAUUGUAUAGCAUUUGUUAGUACCUUGGUAAUGUCUCUUUGAUCGGAAUAGUGAGAAAUCGGAUAAUGCCACGAUGUGAAGUUUUCCACAGGACCACUUGUGACGCACGGCAGUUGUUACGGCAAGCAGUCCUGUUUAAGUGCUAUUUGUGCCCUUGUGGUGUGUACCAAGCAUGAGCUAACAUGACAUCUAUUGUGUUGUUGAAAGGUACGAGAGUAUAGCUAUAAACAUAUACCAUGCGGC